UUUGGGUGAUAAACAUUUUGGGACGUUAUCUCGAAAUAAUUACAAAAGUUGUGCGUAAAACCCCGCCGUUAAGACUUUUCCGAAAAAAGGAAUAAUAAUUAUUGGAAUAAAUGAAUAACAUUAAUAUUUACUUAUAAUAACGAUGACGGUCGUCGAAUGAAAAUUGACGACGACGAUUGUAUUAUUAUGUACAAUUACGGUAGAAUAUUAUUAUAAAAUGUGUAUAGUUUGUGAGCUGCUGGUAAUGUCGUACAACUCUUCCCGGAAACAGUGGAAAUGGUUGUGCGCGGUUUAUUGUUUUUGACGUCCGUUUUUGCACUUUCGUCUCUGGAUCAGCGCUGAUUAGAAGACUUUCCGCAAAUAUAAUAUCCAUUCGGAAUCUAACUUCUGUUAUUUUCACUAGUCACUUUCCGGUCCUUUCAGCGUGUACGGCUGAAAUAUGAACUUCGUCAUCGAUCUGAACAACAAGACAGCCGGCCGCGACAGAAUAGCGAGGUUUGUACAAUAUGGUUCAAAAACAACAUGGCAUUACAUGGAAAAAAAUGACUUUGAUGACAAAUCGAUUGAAAAAUUCAAACAACUUGAACAAUCCUUGGCAGCUUUUCGUAAAGUAUUGAGAUUUGGCCGCUUUAUCGAUUCAUUGCAUACUGCAUUGCGGACUGUUAAUCAUUCAGAUAAAACUAUUAGGUUUUGUGUGACAUUUUCAAAGAUAGCGCAUUCUUUGUAUUUGUUUUGUGAUCAUUUUUUGUGGUUAAGUAAAAAUAACUUAAUACAAAUAAACGCAUCAAGAUGGGGUCAAACUGGCAAUAAGUAUUGGUUACUAUCUAUAGUUUUGAAUCUUGUCAGAGAUGCAGUGGAGUUAAAUAAUUUAUUUAAGUCAAUUCUGAAAAAAAAAAUUCUAAACACUUUGAAUAGAAAAGUAGCUCCUAAAGAUGUUUUCACUGGUGAAGCAGUUCAAUUUGUUCGUAGUCAUAAAGACUUAUUAAUCGAUACUGUAAAAAAUAGCUGUGAUGUAAUGUUACCAUUGACAAAUUUAGGAUUUAUUAGGUUAAGUCCAGGCACAAUAGGCGUAGUUGGUAUGAUAUCAUCAGUGCUCAGUUUGUACACAUUAAUAGACCAGAAAGCUAAGUUACCUUACACGUGAGUUAUUUGUUGUCAUUUAAAUUUACUUUUUGAUAAAUCAAUAAAUAUCAAAACAAGAAUUAAAUUUUAAUUUGGAUAUAAUAUGUAUCAACAAUUUUAUUUUUGCAUUUUUUUAUCAAAUCAUUUAUUUUUACUAAUUUAUUUGUAUAUUUUAUACUUGAAUAAAUAAAAAUCAACUUUAAAAUGUAAAACUUAAAUUGUGUAUGAAUUUAGUGAAAAAAAAAUCUUGUUAUUUUUUUAUUUUUAUGAUAAAUGUUAAAUAAUUUGUAAUUUUAUAAUUAUCAUUUUGUUUUUGUUUUUUUUUUUUAUAUAAAAUUAUUAAGUAUUUAAUAAAAUUAUAAGUCUGUUAGAACAUAAUUUUGUUGAAUGUAUUCAUGGGUUUCAUUGGGUUUUUAUGGUAUUUGGACUGGGAGGUUUGUGAUUGACCUAUUGAAUAAUUUAAUUUAUGUGAAUUUAAUAAUUAAUUUAAAAACAAGAAGAGCUAAUAAAAUGAAUUGUUAAUUAUUUUCA